CACAUGAAUGCGAUCUUUACCGUAAACGAAAGAGAUCAGGAAGUUUGGUUUGGUAAAGAUGUCUCAUGACAUUACGAUUCCGAAAGGCGCGGCGUGGACCCGAGACUACAGUGACAUAUCACAUUGAGCAGAUGGCUGUAGGUUCAGAGCGACUUCAUCCGGAAUGGGAGCUCGUAAAGCAAGGUGCAGAAGGUAAAAUUUAUCGAACCACAUUUUUUGGAAAGCCCACCAUCGUUAAAGAACGAUUUGUUAAAUCAUAUCGUGUACCAGCCCUGGACAAGAAACUAACUCAGAAGCGAAUGAGUCAAGAGGUUCGUUCAAUUGCUCGAUGUCGGAGAGGGGGUGUAAGGGCACCUGCUGUGUACCACGUUGAUUUCAACAAGCGUCUCAUCUUUAUGGAGUGCAUCGUAGAUGGUAUGACUCUCAGGGAUUACAUACGCCAACUGGAUAUGGACAAAGACAGUUCUGCACUGUACGAAGCAGUGUCAAUAGUAGGGAGCAUUAUAGCAAUGAUGCAUAAUUUUGAUCUCAUUCAUGGAGAUUUGACAACAUCCAAUAUGAUAUAUGACCCAGCCCAGAAAGAACUCACACUAAUCGAUUUUGGUCUCAGUUCCGUGUCUACUCUCACUGAAGAUAAAGGAGUGGAUUUGUACGUCCUGGAAAGAGCGUUUCUAAGCACCCACCCGAACACAGAGUUGCUGUUCAAAGCACUACUGGAGAGUUACAGUGAGAAAAUGGACAACUCGCGAGCAGUCAUUGCCAAGCUAGACGAGGUGAGAAUGAGAGGAAGGAAGAGAACAAUGGUAGGGUGACAGUUGAAACUUGUGUUUUAGCUACUUACUGUAUUUCUGGAAGUCUCUGUUAUUUACAAUACUAUUAUUGAAAGAA